AUGUUCAAGCAGCUGAUCGAGAACGGCUACCAGGCGGAGGUGCCUGACAUCUGGCUGACCAACGGCAACCCCUGGGAGAUCAAGCGUGGCGACAUCCGGUUCCCCAUCGGCUUUGGCGGCAAGACCGAGCAGGGCGCGGACGGCACCGCCACCUGGACGCCCGCCGAGCAGGUCGUGGCCGUGGCCUACGACAACCCCAUCCCCGGGUGGCGCACCCCCACCGUGACCAACCUGCGGCUGUGGGACGCGGAGCCUUUGACCGAGUUUGACCUGGAGGCCUUCAACGCCGGCGCGUACGACCAGGCCACCGUGGAGGCGGAGCGUGCGGGUGCUAUCAGCGCGGUGCUGUACCCCAACGACAGCACCCCCGAGGGCAAGGAGCUGCGCCUCAAGCAGCAGUACUUCUUCGUGUCCGCCUCCCUGCAGGACGUGCUGGCGCGGUGA